AAAUUUCGUCACUCAAUAGGAGAAUAAACGAAAUGGAAAAAGAUUUUCUAAAAAGAGAAACUGAUUUGUUGCAGGAAAUAAAUCAACUGAAAGACAAAUACGGGGACGACGGCAUUACACUUGAAGAAGACCAAGAAAACGAGGAUGCACAAAACGGUUAUACCGAAUUCAUACAGCAUAGUGAAAAGGAGGAUACACGUUCUCCACUUAAAGAAAGAAGGUCUUCGAUAGUGCGGGAAGCAGUCGAGACAGAAGUAGCCUUCUACGCAACACACACACAGCAUGACAUCCGACACUUGGGUCAAGGACAAAUAAUUGCAUUCGAUCAAACCGUGACAAACAUUGGUAAUGCAUACAACACACACCACGGGGCUGUUGUCGCUCCAGUUGACGGCACUUACGUUUUCCAUGUGACGUUAAUGGGUACACUUCAUAACGCCUCUAACCACUAUUACACUGCAGACAUUGACGUCGACGACGUUGGUUAUUCGAAGUUCUAUAUUGUUCCAUAUGAACAAUCUUCCCACAUGUUUGUAAUUGAACUGAAGUCUGGCUCCGCGGUAUCUGUGAAGAACGGUCGAGUUGAUGAUGGCAUUAUUGGAAAACACUAUUCAGCAUUCUCAGGGUUUUUGCUAUAUCAACACUUCCAGCCCCCUGCAGUCGUUGGGAAGUGAAGAAUUUCUGUUUAAAAGAUCGGAAAUAAAAUUGUA